AUGCAGAACGACCAAGACAAGUCCAUGAGCCAUGAACCUUAUACUCCUCCUCCGCGCAUUCGUAUUCACUUGGAUCGAGACAGCCACGGAUCCAGCCAGCACAAACGGGCCGCAGCACCUGGCCCCACCCGCGAGAAAUUGGACCAGGUUCGCCAAAGCGAGCAGUUUCACAAGCAGGUUGCAGUAGACGCAAGGAGCAACUUGACUCGCUGGUUGAAUAGCGUAGCUACCGCGCAAAGCCAGAUGGCGGCAGCAUCAGCUGAGGUCCUCUGCCUGCAGGAGACUCUGCGCUCGCGAGAUGUCCGACUUGACGAGCUAGUUGCUGAGGUCCAUGAGCGAGAGGAUGAAGUGGAGACUCUGCGCCUGCAGAUCAAGCAGAAUGCUCGAAGCAAAGCCCAGACUGGGCAAGCGAAACGACGAGGGGGGCGAGUCAGCAAAGACUUCUUCGACCCCGGAAAGCCUGAUCUGCUAGAUCUGGCGAUGGAUCCUGCUCCUCUGCCGGGUUCGUCCACUUCAUCGCCUGCUGCUUCGUCGCCCGCUGCCCCUAAUCCCGUAAUAGAGGAAGUUGCGACCAAGUUGAACAUGGACGUGGACUUGUUGACCCAGUUCUUCACGGCGAUGAAGAUGGUGAAGGAACAGACGGUCGACAUCAACGUUAGUCCCGGCAAAUCCACUCAACGCCGCAAGUCCAGCCGCAAGUCGGACGCGAAAGCGGCUGUUGCGCCAAAGUCUCAGGACCUAGUGAAUCAGGCCCAUAGCAUGAUGCGCUCGACGACUUACGCCAAAUUUGGAGUCCAACAAGCGACGGACUUCAUCUUUCACGACCCCGCUACGAAAGACGAGGUCGAGGAAUUUACUGAGGAUGAUCAAGCGACAAUCCAAAAGUAUCAAUGGGAUUUUGGUGCGGACUACAAAUCUUCCGCCUGGAAUGCUGCGGUGAUGGAGAGGCUCGUCGCCGACGUUGUGAAGGAGGACUCGCACAAUAUGCAUUACGUCCAAAAAGGGCUCAUAUCGCAGGACUUUCUCCGUCUUGUUGUGGAAGACCAGCUGGUGCGCUAUCGCGCGGAUUGGAAUAAGUUCCAGCCGAAGUGGGACGAGGAGAACGGGCACAUGGAGACGACAGAGGAAGCAAUUGCUCGUGGCAAGAUAAUACUGUUUAAUCGUCGUGUUUCCGCCCGUACCGUUAACGCUCAGCACAUGAAAUACAAGCAUUGCCGCACCACGGUCACGGCAACGAUCACAUUGAAAGAGUCUGAGGGAGCGGAUGAUCUGCCAACUUGGGAGAGAUUGUUGGAGCUGUUGGAUCUACUUGGGGCAGGUGGGAUGUCUGAGGAGGAGGAGUCCUAUUCGCUCGACAACGGGACCAAGGUCAAAAGCUACAUCAUCAAGAUCUGUGUCUGGCGCGAACCACUCAUUGUGGACUACAUGCGCAUAAUUGACAAGCAGACUAGUCGCUUCCAGGCUCUCCACAGCGGCAACAAGCCGGCCCCUCGUGUACGAGUCGAGACGAAAGCCGUAAGACCUGCGCCUAAGGAGCUCCCGGCAUGUCUGUACAGCUCUGAGUGGAUCGCCUCGCUGUCCUCAGCGGACUUGAAGGAAUUGAAGGUCUCCAAGAAGGUAUUCGCUCUCUUCUUCGCAGCGACCGGUAGAAUGGCAAAGUAG